GAGCGCCGCGGGCCGGGCUGCUGCCCGAGGGGCUGCGCCGGCAGGUAGAGCCCGGCCCGGGGAAGAACGGGGCGCCGGCGCCUCCGCCCGCGCCCCCUCAGCCGUGCGGACCGCGGCGGGGAGCGCCGGGCGAGCGGUCCAUGGCGCGCUUUCCGCACGGCGGCGGCGGCGCUAUGCUAGCCCGGUGCCUCCGGUGGCUCCGGCACCCCGGCGGGCACCCCAUGCCCGCCUCCGAGGCCGUGCCGCAGCCGUCCCCCAGCAAGAGGCAGAAGGGCUCGGGGCCUGAAGAGGCCUCCGCGCGGCUCCGCUUCUCCAAGCUGUCCGAGAACGCCUUCACCCCCUCCAGGGGCUCCGCGCGGGCUGCAGGCUACGAUCUGUACAGUGCCUAUGACUGUGUGAUACCACCCAUGGAAAAGGCUGUGGUAAAAACAGACAUUCAAAUUGCACUUCCUUCUGGAUGCUAUGGCCGAAUAGCACCACGUUCUGGUUUAGCUGCAAAGUACUUCAUAGAUGUUGGAGCUGGUGUUAUUGAUGAGGAUUACAGGGGAAAUGUUGGUGUGGUCCUGUUCAACUUUGGCAAGGAGACAUUUGAAGUUAAAAAAGGGGAUAGAAUUGCCCAGCUCAUCUGUGAACGUAUUUAUUAUCCUGAGCUAGAAGAAGUUGAGGCUCUGGAUGAUACAGAACGUGGUGAAGGUGGCUUUGGCUCUACUGGGAAGAACUGAAAAUACUUGAAUACACUUUUUUUUUUUUUUUUGCUUUGUUGGUUUUUUGUUGUUUUUUUUUUGGUUGGUUGGUUUGGGGUUUUUUUGUGACUUUUUUGUUUGGUUUGGUUUUUUUGUUAUACUAUUUCUAAUUUUUCAUCUGAAUUAGAAGCAGGAUUUGAGAGGAACUAGGAAAUGUGCAUGACUGGAUUGACUUACUAGUUGAUGUAUUAUUUCUUGCAAGAUGCUUGGUCCUCAGCAAUAAGAACACAUUGCUUAUUUAGCAAUUAUAUUGUAAUAAAUGAAAAAAUUA